AUGGAAGGUGUCAAUGAAACUGUUGAAAAAGGCUGGCAGAUUGCUGUGAUUCGAUCAGAGAUGUUCCAAAUCCACCAAAAAGUGAUCAAUACCAGAAUGCAGUUAAUAGCAUGGGCCAAGCCUUCACAGAGGAACAAUGGGAAAAAAAUACAGCUUCUAACCCAGAAGCUGGAGGAGAUGAGAGAAGAGGGCAAAGAUAGGGACUGGGAAUCUUGGGGGCAAGUAAAACUCGAUCUAGAUAGAGUACACAAGGAAGAAGAACAGUUCUGGAGGUUGAAGUCUAGAGCCUUAUGUUUAAAGGAAUGUUAUUGCAACUCUCGGUUUUUCCAUGCAUACACAUCUCAGAGAAGAAAGGCGAAUUCCAUCCAGAGGCUGGUGACAGACUCAGGCUCUAUUUGUGAAUCAAAACCUGAUUUGGAGCAACACAUUUCAGAGUUCUACAAUACCCUAUUCACCUCUGAGAGUUCAGGAACUGGGCCAGAGUUAUUACAGCAUAUUUCAUAA